AUGCGAGCGAACCAUAGAACUCGCGGUUAUCUAACACAUCCCACUGUCAAUGUGAAAGCGUUCGCCUACUUGGCUUCGGUUGCCGGGGACGCGUUAACUCGCCAACUAAGCCGAAUUCUACCCGCGUUGCUUUAUACGGUAUCACAACUUCCGGAGAAGUCCGAAUCAGAUGAGGAUUUGGCCCACUGCGCGGCUGUGCUUAUCUGUAUUUACGACGCAAGCGGAGUGCGAUCUAUAUUUAACACCCUCUUGAAUGGCCUUGCUGGGGCACCGUCAAGUACCACGGGACCGACCUCUGUUGGUCAGCCUAUGACACCGGGUACUGCGGCAUAUCUUACGACCCAAGUGCACGAUUUACGCCAGGGUGUUCGCGGGGCAGUUUCUGAGCUACACAAGGCCGUACCCACAACGCGAAACAAGUCUCAGGAUGNAUUUCUACCAGGUUUUUCAGAUCCUAAUCUUCCUUUGGCUAGUUUGAUCAAGUUGUAUGCUGAUUGCACUCUUCGUGGUCGUGCUGAUAUUAAGGAACCGGCAGCCCAAGGCUUAUCCGAGUGCAUCGCUCAUGCUAAUGGAGCUGCACUGCAACGUUGUGUAGUUAAAGUGAUUGGUCCUCUUAUCCGUCUUCUUGGAGAACGUCAGACCAAUGUGGUUCGAAUGGCUGUUGUUGAAGCACUCACGGCCCUUGUGAAAAAGUGUCCCCAAUCUGCUCGUCCUUUCGUCACCCAAUUACAAGCCACAUUCCUAAAAUGUUUGGGCGAUUCACACCGCCCUAUGCGAAUUCUGGGAGGACAAGGUUUGGCUUCAAUAGUUAGUAUCACACCAAAAUUGGAUCCACUACUGAUCGACCUGGCACGCGUUCCGGUGAACACGGUGCUUUCCAAUUGGCCUGACGGAGAGCUUCCUAGUGGCUUCAAACCCGAUAGUCUCGGACCCACUGUUGGGGCUGCAGCAACGGCACUCACGCUAGCCGGUGUGGCCACCUACCCAGAUACCAGUCUCCAAGCUCUCAGAUUGUGCUUACUUGGCUCCGUUGGUCGAGCUAGUCUUCAAGCAUUGGAUUCCGUUCUUACCGCACUAACCCCGAUUACGUGUCUGAUGGGCAAUGCACCGGGUAGUUCCACCAAUUCGGCUUAUCCUGCCGACGAGGAAGAUGUAGAUUAUGGAGAUGAGGAUCUUUCAGGUUCCGGCUUGGGCCUGGGAGACAAGCCGCUCUCGUCCCCGGUCCGAAUAAAUCCUGAUUCAAUUCGAAUUGUAGCAUCCACGUGCAUCGGAUGUGCCAUUUUCGCAGCACAAUCCUCGUUAAUGAACAAACAGCCGAAACCAGGGCCAGAGGACAGUGCUUUGCUUCAUCCCGGUCGAAUGAUGGAACGCUUGUUGUUCCCCACUACUCCAGAAAAAGCACACGAACGGUGGACUUUUGAACAAAGUCGUGCAAUUGCACUCCUUGUCGCUCUGAAGCACGCUCCUGAAGCUCUUAUCAACACUCAGGCUAUAUCUGCUGGGAUCACCGCCCGACUGGAGAAUCUCACCACACAACUGUCGUCUCAGGAUCAAGGCAUGCGGAACGAUGUUGUCGAUAUACGUCUGUUGAUCACCGUUAUCGCGAAUCACAUCGCCUGGCGUGCUAACCUAUCCAACGGAAUUCACUCCGCUCCCGAAUGGUUAUCUAGUUUCAUCGCUCUCGCUCUGAUGGGUACACGGGACAAAACAGGUAGUGUUCGUCAGGGUAGUGAAACAGCUCUGGCCAUCCUUUGCCGAUUUGGGGCCCCAGCUCAGACAGAUGGGCAGUCCAGUGCUGUUUUGUCACAGUGUUGCAUCAACGCCGCGGAUGCAAACAGCCGUGCCUCUCUCGAAUCCUUGCUUCAGAAAUUACGGAAACAAACUUGGGUCGAAAUUUGGCGUCAAGGUAUUCCGGAUAUGGACAAUACACUUCUACUUUGA